UGUCCGCCAACAAUUGUCUUUACACAACUCAUCAAUUAGAACGAUGUGGAGUGAUAUCAAUCUGAAACCUUUGUCUGUUCAGUUCAAAGUUACGAACGAUUUAUUUACAAUCAUUUAAACAACAAACUCACGACUUAAGUCGAUGGCUAUAAAUAAAUUCAGACAGUUUAUAUAAAGAAGACAAGAACACAAAUUCAUCAUGUCAGUAGAACAACUUUCAGAAGAACAGAUUGCAGAAUUCAAAGAGGCAUUCAGCCUGUUCGACAAAGAUGGCGACGGUACCAUAACUGCUAAGGAACUAGGAACAGUGAUGAGGUCGUUAGGUCAACAUCCGACCGAAUCAGAGCUCAGAGACAUGAUUAACGAGGUCGAUACUGAAGGUAACGGUACAAUAGAUUUCCCAGAAUUUUUAUCAAUGAUGGUGAGACAACUGCGUGAUUCCACUGACGACGAAGAACUUCGAGAGGCCUUCAAAGUGUUCGACAAGGACGGGAAUGGUUUUAUCAGCGCUACGGAAUUGAGACACGUUAUGAUCAGUUUAGGGGAAAAGCUAACAGAAGAGGAGGUGGAUGAAAUGAUAAAGGAGGCAGAUACAAAUGGAGACAAUCAGAUCGAUUAUGAAGUCUUUGUGAACACGAUGUUAAAACAGAAUUGAUGGUAAGACAAACACAAUUUUUACAAUACAUCUACACGCAAAGGACAAUAUGACAAUUGUGUUUGAACAUUCAGUCAUCUAGAUAUGUACAUACAACACAGUGUUCACCCAGGACGGAGCUACAUUUUACUAUAUGUCACAUACACUCGACAUCCUACAGGAGGUUGGUACCAACAGAUUUGUGCCCGGAAGCUAGAUCUGUUUUACUAUUACGAAGGACUUGCUUAGAAACACUACCUGGGAAUG